AUGGAGCCGGAUAUGCUGCUGCCCCGGGGAUCGGUUGGCUGGGCGAUUGGCAGGUGGAACUGUACCGCGCUAUACACCACGACAGAGUGCACCGACUAUCCCAGCUACAACUGGCUGCCGAGCAGAGCCCUCUUGGUCGCGGGCUCUGCGGCGCUGCUCUACUUCCUCUUUGAGGGAGGGCCCUGCCACUGGACGCGCCUGGCGGAGACCUACUACCUGAUCGUGUGCCUCACCAUUUGCAGCCUGGCCUUGAUCCUGGCGCUGAACCGCAACCUGGACGGCCGGGCGCAGGUGGCCUUCGACAUCACCAGGCUGCUGGCGCUUCUGGUGGCCAUGAGAAUCUACGUGAGCGCGGUGAGCCUCACGAAUCUGAAGCCGUUUUACGCCGUGGGGGACCAGCGCCCCUUCGCAGCGGGCCAGAUGACCAUUUCGGACGACAAUAGUUUGAUGGCGCACCGCGUGGUGCAGCAGCUUGAGACGCAUUUGACGCACCUCAUCAUCCAGCGGGAGACAGGGAUUCUCCACCCCAAGGUCUUUCCCGUGGUACUACUCCCGCUGCUGUUUUUGCAGCAGGAGUGUAUCAGCUACUUUGGCAUCGCCUGGGCCUUGUACUGGCCCGUGAAGGCCACCUGGAUCAUCUUGGUGGCCUUCUGGAUGAUCGUGGAGAUCCCCCGCAUCACGCGGCGCCUCCACACCUUGGCGGAGGUGAAACAGCUGCUGACGCACCUCCUUCAGCACGGUGACCGGGAGCUGAUCCACGAGGUGUACCGCCGCGCCAACCUGGCGUCCCUGUUCCAGGCCACCACCUUCGAAGUCCACGAGCUCCUGGUGGAAGACGCCUUGAACCGAGGGCUUCUGGAUCCCUUCAGCAAAGCCAUGCUCAUCAAUGGCAUGCAGAAGUACGGGGUGAACAACCGACGCCUGGACUAUGUCCGAGAUUUGAUCAAAAGCUGCAAGAACUACGACCUCACGGUGCUGAAGAGCAUCUUAGACAGCACCGGGGAUUACAACAGCUUGCACAAGUUGGUGUACAACGAUAUUCGCUGCAAGCGAACCCGUGAGGAGGUCCUCUACCACAUCGCCCAGGAGGCGUCUGCGACGCGGAGCGGCUGGGGCCCAGUCGGCCUCAAGGUGGUGAGCGACAUUGACGACACGCUGUUGUGCAGUGGCGCCCGGUUCCCUGCAGGCUGCGAUUCAAGGAUCCCGCGGCACAUGGUGUACCCCGGCUGCCUGCAGCUCUUCAAGGAGCUCGACAGGAGCUGGAACGCCGACGAGCCCAGCUCCAACCUGGUCUUUCUGUCUGCACGACCCCACGUCUACAAGGACUUGUCCGAGAGCAAGAGCUUCCGGAAGUUCCAAGAGCUCUUCGCCACGGGCAAGCUGCAUUGCGUGCCGACGCUGCUGCCUGGAUCCCUGGCGCUGGGGAUCGAGGCGGUGAUCAAGGCGCUCUUCCUCGCGGCCCACGGCUGGAAAGAGGUGGGCCGAGGCAAGAAGAAGACCUUCGAGAUGUACAAGGCUCUCUACGGGGAGUACGACUUCAUCUUCUUCGGGGACAAUGGCCAGGGCGACCUCCUGGCCGGGCAGCUGAUGCAAGAGACGGACGAGAGCAGCGAGGGGCCUUCUGAAGAGGCCAGCGUCACAAGCAGUGAGGAAGCUUCGGCUUCCACAUCUUGGAGGUGCUGUUGCCGCAGGGCCGCGCCGCCUUCGAAGUGGGUGUGGAAGCGGGGGGAAGGACCGCGGCUGAAGGCUGUGAUGAUCCAUGAGGUGCUCCAUGACGAAGAUUGCCUCAGCUUGGAUCCACGGCCACACCCGCCGCACUGGAGGAGCCAGCUGGCGGACCAGGGUGUCCACCUCUUCACCAGCUACGCGUCGGCAGCACUUAAGCUGCACCGGGAUGGGCUGAUCACUUUGGGACAGCUGCGCUCGGUCACAGAGGCUGCCACCCUGGACUUCGACCAAGCCCGCCUGUUCUUCCCCGAAUGGCGGGAGCAGUGGGGCAGCAUGGAGGCCGUCCUGUCUCGAGACAUCAAAGGCAACUGCGGCAUGCUCAGGGCCGAGGGCGAGCCUCCUAGCGCUGUCUUCAAGAGCUGCCGGGACUUCUUCGUUCAGAACGCCCUGCGCUUGAGCCGGCGACAGAGCGUGCUGCUGGGAACUUGCCGGGAACUCUCCAGCUCUUUGAGUGACGGCAACGAGGUGGAUGAUGCCGAUGACGACUCCGAUGAGGACGAGGACUUCGGUGAGGACGGGGUGCGGGAGAUGGCCCGCGCCGCCACGGUGGCGGUGAUGAUGCAGCUGCCGCAGCCCAGGAUCAUGACGCGCAUCGGGUCGGCGUGGAAGGAGUUGCAGGCGCGCGACUGGCGCGUGAACGGCGGGCGGUUUGAAGGCCCCUUGCUCCUAGUCCUAGCUCUGCCGGUGGCUUUCAUGGGCGGAGAUCCCGGCACCCAGCGGACCAGCACUUACUCAGAGAGGUGGAAGGAGGACCCCAAUGACCCACGCUGGAAGGGCCGCAAGUUCGAGUGGUUCUUUACGGAGAAGGACGAGGAUCUGAAGCUCUCGAGCCUGCCGCGGCCGGGCUUUCUGCCCCCAGAGUUCUGGGAGGCAUUCUACGAGAAGGGCAUCUUCAUCGCAGUUUUCCAAGGGGCCACACUGAUCGGCGGCUUCAUUGUGAUUUUCCAAUUUGCCCCAUAUGUGAUCAACGGCAUCCUCUCAUCGAUUCUUGGCAUAGGGCCCAAGUGA